CAUCAUGUGCUCAAUUGUAUCUUCACUCACUCAUUGUAUCUUCUCUCUCUCUCUCUAAAUUUGAUCUCAAUCACCAAAUAGAGGAACAAGAGAAAUCAAGAUGAACCCGUCUGUCCAUGAAGGAGUUGUCCUGGAGCGAGCCGCUGCCGGAGAUAGAAUCCUCCUGAUCAUGGAGAUCAACGUCCCUACAGCUACUUCCGCCAGAACUGACAGGAAACUGAUAGAGAGAAACAGAAGAAGUCUUAUGAAAUCUCUCUCCUCCAAACUGAAUUCCCUCAUUCCUCACCUAAACUCUUUGAAAGCAACGUCAGUACCAGAUCAGGUAGAUGAAGCCGUAAAUUACAUCAAGAAGUUGGAGACCAACCUGGAGACAAUGAAGGAGAGGAAAGAUAUUUUGACUAGAAUCGUGAGCGCAAGUUCUAGCGAAAGCAGUGGGAAAAAAUUUCCUGAAAUUAAGAUUCUUGAAAUGGGUUCUGGUUUGGUGGUUGCUGUUUUGAUAACUGGGUUGGAUGGACAGUUUAUUUUCAGGGAAACAAUUCGUACUCUUCGUGAAGAAGGAGCUGAUAUUCUCAGUGCAACUUCCUCCGCGGUGAAUAAUGGCAGAGUGUUUCACAUAAUACAUUUCACAUUUGCGAAGGAAUAUAGCAAGGAUGGUUCAAUUCCCUCUAGUGACAAUUAUGAAUCAGGAUUUACUGAGAGCGAUCCAAGGUAUAAUCUGGCAGACUUGUUAGCCAUGCCAUUUUUUUUGUCUUUGCAGCCAUCUCAUCUCCAAGUCGUAGAUUUGUCCUAUACUAGUAUCAAGUCCUUGCCUGCAUCAUCAAUCACCAAAUUGGUUGCACUUCAGAAGCUCAUUCUAAGACACUGUGAACUCUUUAUGGAACUGCCUCCUCAAGUUGGAGAAAUUCAGAAUCUUGAGGUGCUUGAUCUGGAUGGUACUGAAAUUUUGGAUCUACCGGAACAAACAGGGAUGCUAUCCAAAUUAAAAAUUCUGAGAGUAUCAUUUUAUGGAUAUAUGAACAGCGGAAAGAGAUUGCGGCAAAAGGCACUAAUAAAUCCGGGGACAAUAUCAGCUCUCUCUCAGUUGACUGAACUAAGCAUUGAUGCCAAUCCAGAUGAUGAGCGUUGGAAUGAAGUCGUGGAAACAGUUAUAGAGGAAGCCUGCAGCUUGAAAACCUUGGAGUGUCUAAUUUUGUACCUGCCUAACGUUGAGAGUUUGGGAAAACGCAGGAUAGGCAGCACAUCACUGAGUUAUUAUCCCUUGCCUGCGUUUAGGUUUAUUAUUGGACAGCAUAGACAACGCAGCAUCUCUCGAGUCCCAAAAGAAGUUGAAGCUCACUUUCAAGAGUGGAAGAGAUGCUUGAAGUUUGUAAAGGGCAAGGAUAUCCCAAGUGAGAUGAAAAAGAAUAUGCAAAGGCUAGAGUUAUGCUUAUUGGUAGAAUGUAAUGAAAUCCAAAACGUCAUAAGUUGUGUCGAGUCUUAUGAAGAAGAAGCUGACAUGUUAGAAGAUUAUACAAUCAAUUCUGAAUCUGGAGGUGGGUCACAUUCUGCUCAAGUAGCUGUGCUUCCGAAUCUACAGUACUUGCAUAUCUAUUCCCUGAAGAAUUUAGUGAGCAUUUGGAGAACCCCUACCAAUGAUAAGCAGUGUCUAUCUGGCUUGAAGUUUCUAGGACUUCAUACAUGCCCCAAAUUGAGGGUCAUUUUCUCUUCAGUUUUACUUGCCAAUCUUGGCAAGUUGGAAGUGCUCGUUGUCAAAGACUGCCCUGAAGUGACACAAGUAGUAAGCCUAUCAAGCAAUGAAUCCGUUGACCCUCUAGGAUCUUAUCUUCCUAGCUUGAGAAGGGUAUCUCUCCUUUAUUUACCAAAGCUGGUCAGCAUUUCUAGCAGAUUUCAAAUUGCACCAAAACUAGAAAAAAUAGGCUUUUACAAUUGCCCAAAGCUUAAGGGACUUUCUAAAGGGGAAAUGUCUAGUGGAGAUCUGAAAAUAAUUAAAGGAGAAAGUAAGUGGUGGGAAGCAAUGAAGUGGAAAAAAUCGGAUCAGCUUGAUCAUCUCCAAAGCAUUUUUUGCCCAAUUACAAGGGAGAAAGAUGUGAUGACGCAAAUGGAAGAGAUGUAGAGAAGUCGACCAAACGACAAGAAUGGUAUUCAAUUGCCUGUCUCUUGGACAAUACCUCGUAUCUACGAACUAGAUUCAAAGACAUCAUACUAGUGUUGUGGAUAUUGCAUGUGAUUUCAAAGAAAGUCAAAGAGGCAGUGUCGAGAUUCAAGCCUUAGAAGCUGGUUGGUAGAUUGUUUUCUCAAAAAUUGUUGACGCAUUAUUGUAUUGAAUCUUGCCACUGUUGAAGUUUGCGUGAUAUAGACUCCUUGAUAGUGAGGACAUAUUUCUAAGAAAUGUAUCUCAAACAUAAUGUUUGAUGUUUGUACCUACAGCUUUGAUUCAUAUGAUGUGAAGUUUGAUAUUUGUCGAAUUAGUGUUUUUUUGAGAGUAGAGAACUCAACUUUGUUAAUAGACAAUUAAAAACAAA